AUGUCUUCAAGCACGCCCCCGCUCACGACGCUGCCGCGGUCGCUGGCUAGGUGCCGCGGGCUGCUGGAGCUCAGGAUUUCGCAUCAUCAUUUUGAGACGCUGCCAAAGUGCGUGCUUGAGUUGCGCAACUUGCGCAGGCUGGAGAUUGAUUGUAACGUGCUGCUCAAAGCAUUACCGGAGGAUAUCGGUGUGCGGUUACAGAGCUUAACGUUUUUGAACAUGAAGGCGUGCGUGAGGAUUACCAGGUUGCCAAGCUCGUUGCUGGAGCGCUUGGAAGCUGCUGUCGUCGGGAAAUGGCAUCGGCGCAUUCCAUUAUUGCUCACAGCAGGAUGCUUUGAGAGCGGCUAUUUGAAAAACACGAUUGUGCCGGAAAUGUACCCGAGUCUGUCGAUGUAUUUAGAAAAUGGGGCGCUCACCGGCACAUACGUGAACCUUGAUAGUUGAUGCGCUGGUGGCAGUAGACGUGCGAAUACCCAGUUAAAGUUGCAAAUAUAUGCUAUAAUGAAAAGCCA